CCGCAGUAGGUACGGUUUAGUCGAGGCGCAACGCCCGAAGAAGAAACACUAUUCGAGAAAAACAGAACCCACAAAGCGCUGUGGACCGGGCUUAGACAAGGAGAACAAAAACAUACAUAACAAGCUAAAGCAAAACCAACAACAACAAUAGGAACAAGAUCGGUCGAAGCGUGCGCGUGAAAGAGACGGAACGAGAGCAGUGAGAGUGAGAAAGAGCACGAGCGCACUCGGGUACGGUUUGUCGGUAUCGGGUAACGAAGAAACAGGACAGUAACAGUAAGAUUUCAGCACCCCAGUGUGUCAGCGAUUCGAGCCGUACAGCAACGAGGAAAAGCGUGAACCGAGAAGAACGUCACCGUCGUCGUCCUCGCCGUUGUCGUUCUAAGUGGCAAGAAUUGAAGCAGUCGCCGCGGGUCGACGAGUGCGAGCAAUCGCCGACUGAGUGUGUGUGUUCAUGGGGAAAGAGAAAAUCGAUAUUAUGUGAAUGCUGUCAAAAUCAGGUCACCGUGGAUUUAAAGCAAGAGCCCCUGAGAGUGUGCCUGAUUAGUGGCUUUAAUGCGAGACGGUCAGCGGAUUUUUGUGUUGGGUUUUGAUUGGAAGAAGAAGUUAUAAGUGUGGAAGUUGGAAUUUGACAGUCGAGUUCUUGUCGAGGACAAACGGAAAUAGAGGAAGCAAGGUAGGAAUCGAGUUUCCUAGAGUGAAGACUGAGCUGAACGGAACGGGUGGAAUCGAAGGAAGGAGAGAUUGCGAGGAAGCAGUUGAUCGAAUCUCAUACUUCUGGCGACGAGGAGCUCCGUUCUCUAACUCAUCAGCACUAUUUCAUUUCGCUAAGACUGAGUUGUAGUAGCCAAUUGAAGUCCCGCAGCAGAUUGCCGUCGGGGAAGUGGAGCUGAAGCAAAAGCAGCAGUAGUAGCAGUUGAAAGUUUCUUUUUGGAUUAAUGUUCCUGAAAAAAGUGUGCAAAGUCUAGUUGCCGAAGGGUGAAGAAAAUUGAAGCAUAUCGAUUGAAGUUUGGUGCCAAAUGGUUGAAAAGUGUGGAAGAGAAUAAGCGAGGGCACUGGGGAAGUGAAAAUUCCAAUGAAAAGUAGUAAAAGUGUGGAGUAAGUGUCGUUUACCCGUAUCGAGUGGUCUCGUUACCACGUCGGGGUGCAACGUUGGAGUGGAGAAAAUUCAGCAGCGCCAACACCGUCAUCAACACUGGCAGCAGGAUGGCGAUGGCAGCGUGCUAUCCAAACUACGACCUGUCCUCGUCGGCCGGGAUCGGACAUCAGCAGCAGCAGCAGCCGUCGCAGUUGCAUCAUCUGUCGAUGCCAUCGCGGUUAACGGGUGGUGCACCGUCGAUGGCCCAGAAAGACUACAGCAUACCACUGCAUGUGGACUGUAGCGUGGAGUACGAGUUACCAAAUCAGGCCAAACCGCCGGUGGGAGCCCGAGUGGAACCGCUGUUGAUGAUUCACCCAUGCUACUUCCGCAAGAUGGAGAGCCAGCGGCGAAGUCCUUUCAUAAACAAUAUGCCAAAUUCAUCCCGUAGUUCUAAUUCAAUUGUUGCCAAUGUUGUUGAUUCGUCGUCGAUGAGCCGACGGAGUACUAAAUCCAGUGCCCAGCAGCAACAACAGCAGCAGGUACAACAGCAACAGCAGCAUGCUGUUGUGACGAGCCAUCAGAGUACUAUCCAGCGUCACCAGAAUUUGCAACAGCAAAUCGAUGAGUACGUACAACGACAGAUGGCUCAACGGUCCCAACAGGCACAUUAUCCUGUUGGGGCUGGCAGUCAGCAACAACAACAGCAGCAGCAGCAACAACAGUCACAACACGUUCAAUCUCAGCAUCAUCGCCAUCAUUCUCAUCAAACGCAGCCUCAACAGCAGCAACAACAGCAACUUCAUCAACAGCAGUCACACAUGUCCAGUCAACAGCAAUCCACCAAUCAGUACAGCUUGCAGAGUCAACAGCAGCAACAACAACUAGUAAAUACCUCAGACUGGAGCUGUUACAUGGCCCCCGACGGGGUUGUCCGAGGCUACAGAAAACCCAACCUAGCCAACCAAACUGCCUACAGCAACAGUAACAGUAGCAGUAGUAGCAGCAACAGCAGCAAGUCAAAAGUCAUCAAGCGUAGUAAUACGGGUAUGCCACCGCAGCUGACAGCCGCCGGUUCUGGGGGCCAUCAGCAGCAUCAGCAACAGCACCAACAAAACCUAAUAGCUGCCAGCUGUGCCGCUUUCAACAGCGGUGGCAGUGGUCUGGAAGGUGGCCUGCCUUCCGGUCCCCGAUGGGACAUCGAAAAGACUUCAAUGGCCGCGGUGCCUCGCGAUUUCCAGGCAGGCCCGGAAUCGUUACCGAUCAAAGCGAAUGCUAGUCUACUGGCCACAGCAGCCGUCAGUUCUCAAACGGCCGCUGCCAGCACUAACAACAAUAACAACAACAACAGCUAUCAACCGUCGGCAACGAUGUACCGGAACCCGUCGGUCGUUGGCAAACGUGAUGCUAUGCUUUCCGGAGGCUGUGGUGUAUAUAGUAAUAGUAGCAACAAUAAUAAUAACCUUAGGAACAAUAACAACGUCACGGAGUUGGGCGGAAGUGGCGGUGGUGGAAGUCUGUGGGACUCGACGGCCGCCUUACUGGAGAAGAGUCCAAUGGCCACCAUUCCACGGGAUUAUCAAGCCGGACCGGAACACAUGGCGUGUAGCAAAAUGUCUGCCGGAGCAGGUGGCAUGCUUGGUGCAACCGCUUCCGGUCACUCGCUGAUGCGUUCCGGUGCUAGUGGCAACACGGCGGCGGCCAGCAGUUACCAUCACAACCACCAUCACCACCAGUCAUCGACGUCGGCGGCGGAGAAGGCGGCCCUGUUUGCGGGCAAAUAUCGGCAACAUCAGAGGGCCUCCCAUCGGCUGCACCCGUACAUGAUGACCAGCUCGAUGGGCGGCUCCUUUCCGCCGCUGAUGGCUCCAGCAUUCCCGCAGAUGCAGCAAGUGUCGUGCUACAAUGUGUGAUUCUAAGAAAAUGCAGAAGAAGAUUCGGCAAAGAGAGAGAAGCCGUCGGCGAAUGAAGCAGAAGAUGAAGUAAUUUAUUGAAUGAUUAAUCAUCGCUAUAAUCUCUUUGUUUGUGUCUUACGGUGACGAAGAAAAUGAUGGCAAAAGUAUGGCAAAAAUUAUAAUCGAGCAACUUUUUUCGUUGCAUUUAAAUGUGAUAGUAGUUUUACUCCAAGCAACUUCGAAAGAUAGUAAAGAAAAUAAUAAUUACAAAUAGGAUACAAGUUAAGGGAAAUCAAGAAAAAAAUAUCGCUAUAUAUUAAAAUAUGUGUUCCAAAGAAAGUCAAGCGAAACGUAGUGAAUACAAAAAAAAACAACAGCAAAAUAGAAGAAAGUUUGUGAAGCCGUCGGAGCCGAGCAGCGGAAGCAAAGCUAUACUGAGUGAAACUGGUUGAAGAGUUUAUGCAAAUGGGUGCCGAUUGUGUAAGCCGAAGAAUAUCAAGAUGAAGAAUGAAGAUUGUGAAGUUUGUUUGGAAGAAGUUGCAAAAAUCCGAGAAGAAACCAUUUUGGAUUACCCGUUAGCAGCCGCCGAUCUGUCAUCGUCAACUUCAUCCGGCGGAGACCAGCUCUGCAAGAAAACUCAGCAGCAUCCGUCUCAUCAAUAUUCAUCGGAUCGCCGUCGUUUCAUCGUCUGACAAGUACAGAUCCAUCACGAAGACGAUGAUGCCGGCGGUUCCUGUUGGCCGCAACUAGCACCUGUUUAAACUUCAGCCUACAGUACAUGGAAUAAAUUGGGAACUUAGGAUCGUCAGUAGCAACCGCGAGCUUAGUUCUUCACGCUCCAACACUCAUCUCCUCGCUAACAGAAUAAAAGAAAAUGUACACCUACACUCACUCAUACACAAUGACAACCACACGCUGAAUCACAUUGUAAAACCCCUCUUCCUAUUCGAGAAAACAAAAAAAAAACAAAAACAAAUAUCGAGGGAUUAGAACUGAUUACCGCCUAUAGAGAGAUAAAAAAGAAAGAGAGAUAGAGACGACACAGUACAGCGACCAGAACGCAAGCUCUAGAAUGUAAAUGAAGAACAGACCCCUCUCCCCUUUUCCCCUACACCCCGUGAGUUAUCGUCGCCGAUUCAGUCGAAACAAAAGCUUUGAUGCUUACCCUCGAAUUCUAUUGUUACGUUUUUUCUCUUUUAAAGCCUUCUUUUUUAAGUUUUCUUUUAUUUGCCUAGAUUUGUAUAUUGCCUUUGUUCUUGUGUAUUUUUUUAUUUGAAAAGAAAAUCUUUUAUCUACACAUAACUCGUAUCUCAGUGAACGUUAUCCGUACACGCACCUCAUUCGUGAAUUCGCAACGCCUUCGUUUAAGAUGUUAAGUUCCGGGAAUCUUUGAAACGCUCUCACCCAUUUCUCCAUUACUUUACUGCGCUUGGUAAUAGAUGAUGCAAAAAACAUAACAUUUCAUACUCUCAACCAACAGAAUCGCUUUGGAAGUCGAAACAAAAGUAACACACAAAACUCACAUAGUCAAACGAAAAGUAAACUACACACCCUCUCGUUGGAAUAAACCCCAGAAUCAAAUAAUCAAGCUGAGCAAACCGAAAGCAUUGUAUUACACACAAAAUUAUACCAAAAGUAACCAAAAAAAAGUAACUAUUCAGUAACAAGAGAAAAAGUUAAAAUUAAAAAAAAAACAUUAGUGAGAGAAAGAGACACGGAAGAAGAAA